AUGACUGAUUAUAAAAAUUCUAAUAAUAAUUCAUCUAGUAAUAAUAUACCAUAUAAACCAUUCAAUCUGAAUAAUAAUAACCAAAUACUUCCAAAACAAGGGAAUAAUCGAAAAUUUAAUAAUAAUAAAUCAAAAAAUUAUGAUCAUAAGAAUGAUAAAGAUAUAACUCAAUUAGAAUCACAAUUAAAACAAGGUAAAAAAAUAAAUGGAAAUAGUAGAAAAAAUCAAAUAUCUAUAAAUCAUUUAUUAGAUUUUCAAUCUUAUCGUGAUACUGAAGAAUAUGCUGAAAAUCAACAAAGACAAAAACAAAGAAGAAGAUCAAGUAGUCAUAAAAAAUAUCAACAAGUUUCAAAAAUUCAUUUAACUGGAAUGAAAUUUAUUAAUGUUAAUUUUAAAUUUAUAGUAGAUUCAAGAAAAAAUUAUAAAAUUCAAGAAAUUGAUCCAAAUAUUCCAGUUGAUAUUAAAAAUAUUAUAUCGAUAAUUGCUCCUAAAGGUGCUAGUUGUCCAAUUUGUUUAAGUGAUGAUCUUAUUGCUCCACGAAUGAUUGUAUCUUGUGGUCAUAUUUUGUGUUUAAAAUGUGUUCUAAGUUUAUUAGAACAUGAAGUUCCAAAAGCGAAAAAGAAAGAAUCUUCAGCAAUUAUAGAGAAAUAUAGAGAAUGUCCACUUUGUUUCAGUAUUAUUAGGAAACCUGAAUUAAAACCAGUCAUUUUUGAUAACGUCGAUGAAAGAUUUGAAAUUCCAAAAGUUAAAGAUGAAGUAGUUUUAACUUUAAUGGCAAGAGAUCUGAAUAAAAUUUUAUCAUUACCUAAAUCAAUUUCUAUUCAAAAUCAUUUAAAUGAUUUUCCAAAUGUUAAUCAAAUUGAAUUAUCUUCAUAUCUGAGAAUUAUGAAAGGAGAUUUUGAUUAUUUAAAAAAUAUGUAUGAAAAUGAAAAACAACAAAUUUUGAAAAAUUAUGAAGAAGAAAAAUUAUUAUAUGGAGAUGAUAAUGAAUUAGUUGAAGAAGCUAUUUCCCAUAUAGAUAAAGAAAUAGAAGAAUGGUCAACUAAAUUUGCUGAACCAUCAUCUGUGGAAAAAACUUUUAAUUUAGAUGAAUCAUUAACCCAUCAAACAACAUUUUAUUAUUAUCAAACAGGAUUUAAUGCUAAUACUACAUAUGUUUUAUCACCAUUAGAUAUGAAAGUUUUAAAAAAUACAUAUAUUGAUUAUCAAAACUUACCAUCGACAAUUAUUGCCAAAAUAGAAAAUAUAAGAUAUGAAGAAUUAUCAUCUGAAACUUCAAUAAAUAAAUAUAAAUAUUUAAGUCAUUUACCAGUAGGAACUCAAAUUGGAUUUUUGGAAUGUAAUUGGAAUAAUAAUGAAUUUAUUUCACAAAAUACUUGGUCAUUAUUUAAAGAAGAUUUAUUAAAAAGAUCCAAAAAUUCAAAUAAAAAAUUUAAUAGAGAAGAAAGAAAUAAAAAAAAAGCUCAAAAUGAAGAAGAAUUAAAAACUUUACAAUUUUAUUUAAAAGAAAAUGGUCAAUAUAAUGAUGAAGAGUAUGAUGAAAAUUUCAUUAAUCAUAAGAAUUUUAACUUUGAUACCUUAUCAAUUCAAGAUAAUAAUAUAAACUCUCCUGUACUUUCAUCAGAUCAAAAUUUAUCAACAACAGAAAGUGAAAAUGAUUAUCAAACAACUGUAUGGGGUACAAAAAUUCCAAAAUCUUUAUUAAAAGAUUCUUCAGCAAUUGAAGAUAAUGAUAAUAAUGAUGAUGAUUGGGAUGCAGAAGAAAUGAUUAGAAAAGCAAGAGAAGAAAAUUUAGAAAAUGAUAAUGAAUCAACUAAUAAGAAGAAAAAGAAGAAAAAAAGAUUAGUCUUGUUAUCUUCUUGA